CAGCUCUGGGGGUAUAAAGCGCAAUGCUUCAGCUGAAGUAUUUACUCACUUCUGAUAUUAUCUGAAGAAGGAUCUUCACGAUGGCAAGAACCAAGCAGACCGCUCGCAAAUCUACUGGUGGCAAAGCACCAAGAAAGCAGCUCGCCACCAAGGCUGCCCGCAAGAGCGCCCCGGCUACCGGUGGCGUGAAAAAGCCUCACCGUUACAGGCCUGGAACCGUGGCUCUGAGAGAGAUCCGUCGUUACCAGAAGUCCACCGAGCUGUUGAUCCGCAAGCUGCCCUUCCAGCGCCUGGUCAGAGAAAUCGCCCAGGACUUCAAGACCGACCUUCGUUUCCAGAGCUCUGCUGUCAUGGCUCUCCAGGAGGCCAGCGAGGCUUAUCUGGUCGGUCUGUUCGAGGACACCAACCUGUGCGCCAUCCACGCCAAGAGGGUCACCAUCAUGCCCAAGGACAUCCAGCUGGCUCGUCGUAUCCGCGGAGAGCGCGCUUGAAUUAGGCUGAAAUUAACCACUCCAACGGCUCUUUUAAGAGCCACCUCAUUACCUCUUUAAAAGCUCAUUUCCUCACAAUAUUUCGCGUAUUAAAUUGUAUAGCCUAUAGUUUGACAAACUAGUCCCGAAACGAGUACAUGGACCGAAAAUCACACAAGUAUAACAUUCAUAAUAGCUUAACAUCCCACUCAAAAUAGCCUCUCCCUAUGCCUUGGUAGGCGAUGUUUUUCACUAACGUCUCGCUGGCUUCUAGUUGCACAAGUUCUGACUCUUGUUGAAGUGGCAUGUUCAAAUCAUAAUAGGUACACAUUACGUAGGAAGGUUUGUUUACAGAGUUGAAUUGCCCACAGAAAAGUAGUGCAUUGCAGUAAGUUAGGGGUGCAGCUGUGGCCCACUGGUUAACACUCUGGACUUGUAACCGGAGGGUUGUC